GUUAAGGCAAACAACUGUUAAACACUAGGUGAGGCUUGAGCAAAUACAACAUGAACACCAUCUUCUCAGGAGACAGCCAGAUUAAGAUAAUGGAGCUGACUGUGAGCCAUGCAGAGAAGUAUCUGGGUCAGUUCUGCAGCCUGCUGGCCUCUUACACCCGGAAGACUGCAAAGCUGAGGGACCAGGCUGACAUGCUGGUCCGACAGCUCAAUGACUUCUCCAACACAGAAGACCCAGAGCUCCGUACCUGUCUGAAAAACCUGGCUGAAGACCUAGCCAUGGUGCAAGACUACCGUCAAGCUGAGAUAGAGAGGCUGGAGGCCAAAGUUGUCACUCCACUCAAGGCCUAUGGAGAGAUAGUCAAAAACAAAACAGCAGAUCUGAAGAGGUUCAAUUCUGAUCGGAACAGAGAGCUGAAAGAGCUGCAGAAACUGGAGAAACUCAGACGGAAGAAUCCCUCAGAUAGACAGAGCAUUUCACAGGCGGAGGUAAAUGCUCAGAAAGCCAUCAACAAUUGUAACCGCAGCACCAGACAAUUAGAGGAGACCAUCAAUGACUUCCAGAGACAAAAGCUGGAGGACAUUAAGAAGAUCUUUAAAGACUUUGUCACAGUGGAGAUGGUGUUCCAUGCCAAGGCUCUCGAAGUCUACACACAUACAUUCCAGAACCUGGAGAGCAUGGACAUUGAAAAAGACCUGGAGCUGUUCACUGGAAGGAUCAGGGUGUCUGAGAGCACCCUAGACAACCAGGCCCUGCUGACCUCUUCUAUGGCCCACCAGCUUAGCACCUCUCUGGGCUCCAGCUUCAGACAUACUGAGGAGUCGGGCAAGACAUUCCGUAGCACCAUCCUACAGCGACAGAGGGUUGUAGAGGAGGAGGAGGAGGAUGAAGAGGAGGAGGAUGAGUCAGAAACAGAUGCUCAGCAGACCAGGCAGUCCUAUGCCUCUCAGUAUGUCCGAAUACACAGACAAAAGAAGUGACAGAUGAGACACACAAACACAAUCAAACAACAGUGUACCUUUCACAUUUACAAAGCCUGUUGAAUGGUCAUUUACACACUGUACCUGCAAUUUACCACAGCCGAGAUAAAUAACCCAUAAAAACAAGGAUCACCUGUCUCUAAGCUAAUUAAUUACAAUUCUUCAAGAGUGAAAGUAAUUUCAUUUUUAUUUAGUAGAAAUGCACAAUAUCUAUUUAGACUUUUUACGGUGUCUUGUGUUGUUGGAAUAUUAUUCAAAUCUACUGUGAACACAACACUUUCUCAAUGUUUUA